AUGUCUACGUCCACCACAGAGUCGUCUUCCCCUCCUAUCACAACCAAAGAAAAGACCUUCAGCACGUACAACGUGGAACAAGGCAAACACUACGCGCAAACCCGCCGCGACUACCACCCAAAGGUCUACGAAGCCGUGCUUGACCAUCACACCUCGACGGGCGGCCAGCUCGACACGCUCCUCGACGUGGGCUGCGGUCCGGGCAAUGUCACAGCCAACCUGGCACCGUACUUUGCCCACGCCAUCGGCAUCGACCCCUCCGAGGGCAUGCUCAGCACCGCGCGAGCGACGACGGCCGCGGUCCGCACUUUGCACGGCACAGGCUCGCCCAUCCGGUUCGACCGCGCCACGGCCGAAACCCUCCUCCUACCAGGUGGCACGGCAGCCACCACCACCACCUCGUCGGGCAGCGUCGACCUCAUCACCGCCGCCAACGCCGCCCACUGGUUCGACAUGCCGGGGUUCUGGCGCGCCGCGGCCCGCGUCCUCAAGCCAGGCGGCACGGUCGCCAUCUGGACGAGCGGGCCCGUGCAUGUCCACCCGACGCUGCCCAACGCGCGCGCCAUCGACGCGGCCAUGCUGGACCACAGAGAGAGACAUCUGGCCGAGUACAUCACGCCGGGGAACCUCUUGGUGCUGAACUCGUACAAGGACCUCCCUUUGCCGUGGACGAUUGCGGCAGCGCAGAGAGAUGCGACGCAGGACCAGAGUCGAGAUGGAGAUGGAGAUGGAGAUGCCAACGACGAUGACGACAUGAUCGCGGUGCUCCGCUCAUUCGACAAGGCCACGUUCCGCCGCGUGGAUUGGGAUCCUGCCACGCCAUUCUUCGUCGGCGAGCCCGAAGCCGAUCUCGACACGUUCGAGAGCAUGCUCGGCACGGGGAGCGCCGAGACGAGGUGGCGACAGGCGCAUCCCGAGCUUGUCGGCACCGAGAGGGACGUCGUGAGGAUGUUGAGACGCGAGAUUGAGCGGCUCUUGCACGAGGCCGGGGUCGAAAAGGGCAAGGAGCGCGUCAAGGGCACGGCGAACGGGGCGUUGUUGUUCGUCAAGAAGAAGAAAACGCACGAGGAGGACUGA